ACAGGAGGAAGCUGGAAUCAAACCCACAACUUUUGGUUGCAAGACAGAAAAAAGUAAAGUUCAAACCUGAAAGUCCAGUUUUAGGAUCAUUUGAUGCAAAUGAAACAGAACAUUUAAGCAGAAAACAUCAGAAUACUCUACAGUUGGCUAAUGUCUUCUCUGUGCAACCUUCAGGUAUUUCGUCCUCAUGGGUCAUUGAGCUGCUUUAACUUUAAAACUUUGAAACAUCAAUAACAUUUAAAAAGUAUAUAUAAAAUCAUUUGUUUUAUUUUCUUCUGUAUUUGAAUCCAUCUGCUUCAUUUUUAACUCGGGUUCGGCUGCUGAAUUACUGGGACUUUAUUUAUUUAUUACUAGCAGCUUUAUUUUGAAAUCCCUGACCACUCGUUGGCUACUUGUUGUGAACUGGUUGGCCUGGUAACGGCUGGAGGGGGGGAGGAGCCAGAUGACGGGCGAACCAAUGAGGGGACAGAGAUCAACAGGUGAGCAGAAAAGACACACCUGAACCCUGCCACUGCAACACAACACCGAGGCAUUGGAAGAGGAGGCGGCCGCGGCUCAGAGAGGCUCCUGGGACUUAACAUCCUGACAGACAGGGCCGGGAACCAGAGAAGCCGGGUCCAUUUCGGCGCUCCGCCUGCUUUGGACCAAGCAGGAGAAAACUGUGAAUUAUUGCGUGAAUCAGAGGUCCAUUUAUCUGGCUCGUCGGAGUUGGGGGGACUGUUUUUACCUGACACGGAUUAUUGAUCAGACAUUAAUCUGCUUUCUGCGCUAAAAAUAGCGGCAAUGUUCGAGCAGUGCGGGAGCAGCAGCGACUAGUUUCAGCAGCUUUCAGGUUUAGUUCGUUAAUCUUUAAACUCCCGCAGCACCAUGAUCAGCUCCGAAGGGCUGCGGCCCGCCACCGGCUGCAGGAAGCCGCUGGGGAAGCUCGCCUCCCGCCUGGAGGAGGUGAAGAACCCGUGGAGGGAGGGCUCCAAGCUGGAGCUGAGCCACAACGAGGCGGCCCGGUUGGCCACGGACGCGCUGCUGGAGCACGGAGAGAAGGAGUACCGGAGAGUCCUGGCCGAGGAGCGGGAGCUGAACUUCCUGUCCCCGCUGGAGAUCCGCUACAUCAGCCAGCAUGCGGUCAGCAGGACCUCCGACCCCGACAGCUGCAACGACCGGGACGACGGGGACGCGGACGCCGUGUCCGAGCUCACCUCCGGGACAUACUUCCCCAUGAUGUCCGACGACGAGCCGCCGAUGCUGGAGCUCGGCUGGCCGGAGACCCCGGUGGGGUUCGGACCGUCAGAGACCCAGAUCUACUUCCAGAGGGACAAGACCCACAACAUGAAAGACCUGAUCAGGUCCAUGAUCAAUAGGGCUAAAAAGGUCAUCGCCGUGGUGAUGGACAUCUUUACAGACGUGGACCUGAUGUGUGACCUGAUGGAGGCGUCCAACAAGCGGCGAGUCCCCGUCUACAUCCUGCUGGACGAGAAGAACCUGAGCUACUUUACAGACAUGUGUGUGGCGCUGGACGUUCAGAACUCACACCUGAAUAACAUGCGGAUUCGCACUGUUUGUGGUGACACAUACUGCACCAGAGGUGGGAAGAAGUUCACCGGUCAGGUCCUGGAGAGGUUCAUGAUCAUCGACUGUGAGGAGGUCAUUGCAGGCUCAUACAGUUUCACCUGGUUGUCGGCUCAGGUGCACAGCAACAUGGUGAUGCAUUUCUCAGGUUGCAUCGCAGACAGCUUCGAUCGGGAGUUUCGCUGUCUGUAUGCCGACUCGCAGAUAAUCGACAGAUUCAACACAAAAGAUGAAGAGAUGCCUUAUUACCCAUCAUACCAGCCCUUUCUGGCCCCUGGGAUAAGCAUGGGGAUCGCUGGGCCCCUGGGACUGGACUUAUACUCUGACAGGCAGCGGGACAGGAGUUGUUCUGAAAACUCCAGCAGCCAAUCAAGUAACAGCGUGUCCAGUAUUAAGAUGGCUCCUGGAAUGACCUCAAACGUCUACAAAGUCACUCAGGUUCAUGAGAAGGAGUCAGCCAGCUCGUCUCUCCAAAGCCCAGAGCGAAGAACUGGAGGUGCACUAAGAGUAGGAGGACAAGCCUUGGGGCUGCGAGGUUCUCCAAAUGGGGGAACCAGUCACAACCCCAUUACCGAUCGCCAAUUACCAACUUAUGCUCAAUCAACAAGCAUUGAGUGGAACAAGCCCAACCCAGUUGAACACUUGCGAGCAAAUAUUGGCAGCGCUUCCACUAAAUUUCAGGGACUGGGCUUGUAUGACCUCAAACCCACCUUGUUUCAAAGCAGCCCAAACACAAACCUGAACCAUAAGAUCCAGACACCUUUCCCACUCAAUGAUACUAUACACACCCCGAAGCAAAGGACACCCCCCAGCCAGCUCCUCAACAAAAUGUCCGACAAACUCCUGCCAUUCUCUUCCAAAGAUAAAGAGACCUACAACUUCCGUAGGUCACCAUCCCCUCUGAACUCCUCACCCUGGGGGGGACCAGAGCUCUCUCAGCCAGAACCAGAGAGCCAGCAGUGCCCGCCACCGCCAAUGUCUCCGCCGGGGCUCAUGAGUCGCCAGGACCAGAAGCGAAUGACGUUAGGCCACAGCAAGUUGGACCUGGUGAACCACUACAACAAGCUGAAAACUAAGCAGGUUUACAGCCGCUUUGAGCUCAAGAGCAAAAACUGAAGAACAUAUCAGAGGCUUCCUUUAUGUCCGACUGUACAACUAAGGACUGCUUGGUCCUUAUCAGAGAUCUUUUUAAUCCUUAAUAAGCUCUUUAUUAUCUUCCACUGUCUGGAAAUGUGGAAAUCAAACUAAGGCAGCCAUUUUGGCUCUGAGAUGCUGUUUAGUUUCCCUCCUGAAACGAAAUAAGGACCAACUGUAUGUCUGUUUUUAGGAUGAUCUUGGUUUUCAACCCUUUCUAAUUCAUCAUCUACUGUUUACUCAUCAUGUUCUAGAAACCAAGGUUGUAGCAAAGAGCUAAUACUUGAUUAAACCUUAACUCGACACUCCAGGAACACUUUUCCCCAAAUGUUGCUGUAAAUAAAUACAACCAUAUAACCAUUUUAGUGUGUAAAGACUUUAAAUAUAGUUUAAAUAUAGUUUCAACCCCCGGCAACAAUUGGAAGCAAUUAGAGUUUAAAAUAAGUGAAACUCUUAAAGUUAUUAAAAUGUCAGGUUAUUUUAAUAAAUCCUGUAAAAAUUAUAGCUAAACUAAUACAUCGUGUUGAAAGCUAAUGUAUUAUUAAGUUUCAUUAAUGCAGAAUUAAACAUUCCCUGGAUGAGGCCGUAGAGUGACCCAGUUGGCUUCAGUUAGAGGAUGCAGCUGGAAAUUAAAGACACAAAGAUUCCCAAUUUACUGAUUUUUCUUUCCAAUUGAAGCUUUAUGAAUUUUCAGGAACAAACAUUUUGAAACAUUCCAGCAUAGAUUUUCCCAGUUUACCCAGAAGCAGAAAAAAACAAUAAGGUACAACAUAAAAGUGCAUAAUUCCCUGGUUCUGUCAACAGUAACAGAGAUAAGAGAGAAACAUUUUUUACAAAAAGUCAAUUUAACAUUGUGUCAGCAGCACAGACCCAGUAUCAGAGUGGGGGGUCUGGCCUGCUUCAGUCUACCAGUACCUGUAUGUCUUCAUCUUUCAUCCUGGGCCUUUUUUCUUGCUAUGUUCUAUUUGACAAAGAUCAUUUAGUUCCUAAAAUAAAUCUUCUCUUGAUCUGAAAUGGCAGAAUCCUUGAAGGAACAUUCAUCUUAACCAAUCUUAUUCAACCAAUAGGAGACCGAACUACCUUUUGAAGUCAUUUUUAGCAGAUGUCAACCAUUGUUUUAAAAUUGAGUUCAAAGGGCGCUUUAACAUUUUCUGAGACCCUGUCAGGAAUUACCCAGGCCGAUGCAAAACCCGGUGGUAGAUGGGACCAAACUGGCCUAUAAUAAAGGAGCAAUGAGAUUCUCAGGAUUAGUAAUAAACAUUAAAGCGUCAUCAGCGUAUAGUGAGAUUCAGUGUUCUAUCUCUCCUAACUUGAAUGCAGAAAAACCUUGUUGAAUCCUAAAAGCCUCUGCAGGGAUUCGAGCACAAGUGCAAAUAAUGAUGUCGAGAGGGGAGAACGACUUACUGAUAUCUGAUGGCAUUGAAAUUCCAGUUACCAUAAAAAGAGAAAAGAAAUCAAGUUUACUAUGUAGAAUCAGGAGAAAACACAUGUUUAUUUUUAUUAAUUCAUUGUUUUAUUUUGUUAUAUGUGCGAUGUUUAAAAAGAAAGCUGUUAUCUCCAGUUUUUAGGAAUGUGAUCAUUAGGGAAAAUAAAACCUCCUCCUGAUUUCCUGGUAACACGUGCCUUGAUCAUCCCGCCUUAAGGUUUACAGCCAUGUUUCUUACUGUUCUGUCUCUAAUGAACUGAAUGAGGGACAACCGUGAGAUUUUCUUCUGUUCAGCGCAGGAACAUCAACAGUAACGAUGUUAACAGAAGCAGCAGAAUAUUUGAUUCUGCUGAGCGAUAAUGAGACAUAAAACUUUGAAGUUUCAGGGCAUUUUCUUCACAGCAGAGCAGAUGAUGAUGUUCUGUUGUGAAGUUCUGCUGUGCUGCUUCCAUUGGGUUGGUUCUGAAGGCACAUCAGGGCUUUAACCUCGGCGGUAAGAAAUAAGCAGUGAUCACAUGAUCUGUUUGUUUACGACUCGUGAGAUUUUGAACAUUUGUUUCCAUUAUUACCUUCAGUUGAACUGGCGACAGAAUUUGAUCUGCUCAGCUGAAUAAUCUGUAUUUUUAUUGUACAUAUAGUUCAGAAAAUGUCAUUUGGGAAAAAAAAGCCCUGAUUACUUGUUUUAUGUUUAACAUUUAUUAUUCAUGGCAAAAUGUGAACGUUGGUCUUCAUUUUUAAGAUGAACAAAUUUUAAUAAAACAAAAAACUGA